AUGUUCCAGGAGUGGGCCGAAUUCUUACCGCAUUGUGGAAAAGCUCCACGCGUCGGGCAACAAUUCUUCGAGGCUUGGAACGUCACCAAGGAAAUUGUCAGCGACACGCUGGCCAAACUAAUCGUGACACACAGGGAUCACCACUUGGUGUUUCUUGGACACUCGAUCAUCCGCCGCUGGCCGAUCCCGUGGAAAAUCCCAUUGGAUACUAUCAUGCCGGACAGCAAGCUA